UAGCACUCGCUUCGACCAAUCGAUUAGUCGCAUAACGAUAGCGGCUUCUUAAAUGCAGAUGUGUCGUGUAUACCAACGUCAGUCGGCUGGCGGCAGGCGGCCGGAGCCCUCGAUCAUGGCUCCCGGGAGCCGUUACAAUAUAUACGCUGCCUUUUGUAGUGACUGUAACGUUCGGCCGGUCCAUAGAGCUCGCGGUUGAAUGUGUGACCACAUUCUCAACGGCUGUGCAAUGUAACGAAAAUUAUCGUCGGACGACUAUUAGAUAAACUUUUAAAAACUAAUAUCAACUAACGAAAACGGCCUACAUUGUAAGUUUAAAAUAGGAGCGGACACUUGAAUAGUGCUCAAAUUUAAUUAUGAAGUGAACAAAGAAAGGAUUGUAACGGGAAAGAAAGGUGGGAGGAAGACGGAUGUAGACAGCACAGUGUCUACGAUGGACCGCUGGGUGACGGCGGCGAGCUCGCUGCUCUCCUUCCUGCUCUACUACAACACCUUGGACGCAGGAUUCGUUUACGAUGACAGGCGGGCGAUCCUAUCCAACCCCGAUGUCAUCGGCCACACACCUAUAAAGGCAUUAUUCGAAAACGAUUUCUGGGGAACACCGCUCACAGACCCCGGUUCUCACGGCUCCUAUAGGCCGCUGUGCGUCGCUACAUAUCGAUUAAACUACGCUUUCAGUGGAUUCAAACCGUGGAGCUACCACCUUCUCAACGUUAUAUUCCACUGUACAGCGACGGCCUUAGUGGUGAUGACAGCCCGCCGCCUCUUGCCGGCGUAUUGUAUGCGAGUGGGCUCCGCAGUCACCGGCCUCGCAUUCGCAGCGCAUCCUAUACACACUGAAGCCGUGGCCGGCGUCGUCGGCCGGGCCGACCUCGCCGCUUGCAACUUGUUCCUAUUAAGUUUUCUUCUGUACAGCGAACACAUACGAUUACGCGAGGAGAGACAUAAGAAACAAUGUCGGCAUAUAGUGAGAGACAAUUUGUUGCGCCGACAAAUACCAACUAACGAACCCCCUUUCAGACUGAGCUGCCAUAGCUUGGUACAGCACAUCAUGAUGAACGUUCGCAAACUGUUAAAGGCGAGUAAAGCCGGGCCGAUGAAGAUGUGGGACGCAUGUGAGGUGAACUGCGCAGUGAGACCAAAGUGUCAGUUUAGUGGUGGUGUGAGUGAGGAUUCAGGUGAACUGUUGCAGUGGCUCACGCUGGCGGGAACACUUACUUUCGCCGCGGCCGCCACUCUGUGCAAAGAGCCGGCCAUAAUGGUUCUGCCUCUUUGCAUAUUCUAUGACUUUCUUAAGGGCACUCGCUACGAGGAACCGUACUAUAAGCAUCGGUGGCGGAGUGUUUGUGCGUUGGGGACAGGAGGCUUCGCCCUCUUGUACUGGCGCCUUCGACUCGCGGGCACCCCUACAGCCUUCGCGGCGGCUGACAACCCCGCUUCGCGUGACCCUUCCAUUCUCACGCGUCUCUACACCUUUGCCUACCUCCCAGUCUUCAACUUCUUCCUCCUCAUUUACCCCUUUCAACUCAGCUUCGACUGGUCGAUGGACUCAAUACCGAGGAUAACGACAUUGUUCGACGCUCGGAACGUCACGACUGCAAUUUUCUACGCCGUUAUUUCUAAAGUGACCUGGCGAACACUAACGAAUGAAUUUAAAAAGCAUCAAGACAACCUAUUUCGUGAUGCAAAAUACUACAAAAAACAGAAUUGUAAAAUUAAGCACAAAUGGAAUUAUAGUAGCAAGCAGUAUAAUAGAGGACAAGACUGUUAUGAAAGAAAAAGCUAUCACGCUCCGCACAAAGAGAAUGUAUCAUCUAAAAAGCUAUUGUGUCCGUGCACUGGCUGCAAACAUUCGCUCAGUGAUGAGCACACGAGUAUGUGUCGCGCUAGCAACAACAAUAACAUAACGAUGCAUAACUCUAGUUGCAUCUGUCCAAUAUCGUUGAAUCCCAAAUCCAAGGCCAGCACGCCGCAUAAGAGCGUUUAUCGCAGUCCCCAAGUUGCGUUGCUGAUGUUCAUGGCGUUUAUGGUACUGCCAUUCGUGCCUGCGACUAAUUUACUUUUCUACGUCGGCUUCGUAGUAGCGGAGCGUGUUUUGUACAUACCGAGUGUCGGUUUCUGUUUAUUGCUCGGCUUGGGGGCUGGUGUGUUGACACGGAACUGGCAUCGGAGCGAGGCGCGCAGCAGACUGUUCAUGUUGGCUCUGCUGCUCACCUUAUCCGCUAUGUGUGGAUACACGCUGCGGCGAAACCUCGUUUGGCGGGAUGAAGAGAGCCUCUUCAGAAGCGCAUUGCAUAUCAACCCCCCAAAAGCAUACGGCAACUUGGGCAGUGUGCUGACCACACAGGGGCGGACCGCGGAAGCGGAGGUCGCCUUCGAGAGGGCGCUCAAGUACCGACCUAAUAUGGCCGACGUGCAUUAUAAUUUGGGAAUAUUACUACAAAACCAAAGACGUUACAGCGAUGCUAUCAAAAGUUUUGAGAGAGCAAUUUACUUUAGACCUUCAAUGGCUCUCGCGUACGUGAAUCUUGGUACGUCGUUGAUGGCGGAUGGUCGGCUGGCCGAGGCCGCGAGCGCACUGCGCGCCGGCUCUCGAGCCGAGGGUGUCCGAGUGCGGGACCGAAGGGAACACGACGCAGCCCGAGUGUCCGCGCUCGUGCAACUAGCGGCCCUCCACUCGCAGCGGGGCCACUGGCAUAAAGCCCUGUCGGCCUACAAAGAAGCUCUCCAAAUACUCCCGGACACAAACACGCCGAUUGUCGGCUGGACCCGGCAUAGUGUCCUAUCAAUGGUCGGGGAGAUUUAUGUUCAAUUACAGCAAUGGCCGUUGGCCGAGCACAGUCUGCUGUUAGCGUUAGCGACCGCGCCGCAUCACGCCGGCACACACGUCACAUUAGCUCAAAUACUCGCCAGAAAUGCUAGUAGGAGUAUGGAAGCUGAAAUGUGGUUUAAAAAAGCAUUAACUUUAGCGCCUAACGAUCCUUCAGUCAGGGAUCAAUUUGGCAUGUUCCUGAGAUCACAACGUCGGCUUCGAGAAUCAGCAGAGCAAUUAGUAGCAGCGGCGCAGUUGUCACCGGCGGACGGCGCACGCGCCGCGUCUGCCGCGCGUGCGUUACGGGACGCGCGGCGGUGUCGGUCGGCGGAGCGGUGGUAUGCGCGAGCCGUUCAGCUGAGCCCAGAUGACGCCGAGUAUCAUUCCAACCUUGGCGCUAUUUUACAUCUGAAUGGGAAGUAUGCUGCAGCGGCAACUUCCUACCGGCGAGCGCUACAACUACAACCCAACGACGAAAUAACCAUCACAAACCUAAAAAGAGUUAGAGCAUUAAUGAGCAAACAACGCAGAAAAUAAUCCAAUGAAACAGGCCUCAUGUAAAUCGAUACGUCAUAGAUGAAAUAGGAUGUCAAUUGCCAAAAGUAUUGUUAGAUACUGAAUACAAUUUAUUUUAUGCGUUUGUAAAUAAGCAAGUGUAAUUGUUAAUUUACUGGCUCUUGUUGCCUGUGCUUGUAAAGUUACGAAGACCAAAUUGAUGGUAGUUUGACUGCCUACCUUAUCAACAGAUUACAAUAGCAGGUAAGUUCAGAAUUAGUAAGACAGUGUAAAUUGAUAAACACGAAUUUUCAUACUUCGUUUGAUUACUGACGAGAUUUUCCUUCGAACAUGAUAGUCAGUAAGAAUUAAUAUUUAAACCGUAUAUCAUUAUCAUAAAAGGGACAUAAGUACCUUGAAUUAUUCAAUUAUAUACAUAAUUAUAGAUUUCCAAGCACAAAAGUGAAUUCUAAAGUGAGAAACGUCACAAAUAUUUUGUUGAACUUGCUGUUAAUUGUAAGGCUGCGCUACAUUGAAAUAAAAUUGAAAAAUUAAUGACAUUAAUGUAUUUUUUCAGCAUAUAUGGUGAUUUCAGAAUCCAGAAGUGUCUUUUUCAAUAUAAAUGAAUAUUUUAGUUAUGUCUUUUGUAAUACAGAGCUCUAUCGCGCAUACUUGUGGUUCGUUAUCGAAUACAUUGAAGGGUCUUAAAACAACGUCAUAGGAGUAGUUAGAAAUGAUUGUAAAUAGACUUUUAAAUAAAACAAUUUUAUACGUGUGCAAAUAUAGUUCUAAAGAAGCGUUGAUUUCCAUUAUUUCGGUGAAAAUAAUGGUUUUCUAUUGUUAUUAUUUUUGUCUUCCAUUAUAUUUUAACUGUCUGUUCCUUGUGAAAGCCGGACCUAAAAGAUACUGAUCGAAGUGAAAGGCUAGUGUAUAAACUGUUUAGCAUAUGAAAUGUAACAUAAAAUCUCGUUUUUAUUUUUUGGACGUUUGUUAGGUUAUAAAUGUAUAAACAUGAAGCUUGCUUGAUACUGAUUGUUCAUGCUGAGGCAAAGGCCAAUACAUUAUUCUGGAAGCCGGUGGUAUUAGCUUCUAAUUGUGUUGCGGGUUUCAUUCAUCGACCGGGAGCGAUCGCCUACGGACGCUGGACUGUUUGUCUGCUCCUAAUCCCCGUUACGUCUAUAUAGCAUUGAUUGUACAUUUCUGGAUGUUCAAUCGUGGAUAUUAUAUGUGUCAUUCUAAGGCUGUGUACCGAUUUACUACAAAAAGGAAUUGUCGUGUUUUAAAACACUUACACUUAAAAAAAAAUGGAAAUGAGCAUCUUUUUUUGUCGCAUACGCAUUUCGAUCUGAUACGAUAAUUUUUGAUGUAAAACUCUUUUUUAAUAUUGACAUAUUUAGUUUUAAAUUAAGUUGAAUCAUUUUCAUGACUACCUACUCAUAAUAUAGUUUAAAAUACGAGCAUGGUCUCUUCAAUAAAGUUGAGAGUUGAGAAUUUAAUAUUUACAAAAUUAUUUAAUAUCUAAGCUAAUGUUAACCGGUUAAUCAAGUUCCUUCAGAUGAAAUAGAAUAUGGCUAAUGGAAUAUCAUUGCUGCUAAAGAUUAUUCGCAUUGAGAAAUCUCAGUUGAAUUGACAUGUAACAUUCAUAAGUUACCGACGGCUUGCAUUUUAGACGUGAUAGGAAUUGCGAGAAAAACGAUAAAACUUGUAUUUUUUAUUCAUAUUUUAUAAAUCAGUACACGGCUGAUCAAAUGUCACUUAUGCUUCUCAAAAAAUUUUAGAUUCGACUUACAAAUAAAACGAAUGUACAUUUUAAACUUAUUUCAAAACUUCAUUUUUGGUAUCAAGAAAUUAAAAAAAAGAAUUUGAUUGAUUUUACUAAGCACUUCCUAAAGCAUAGUGUUAACUACAUGAUAAAAAAGAAGUAACGGGGAUUAGAUCAUUCUGCAUCUGUUUGUUUUUUAUAUUCAUAAAAAUAAUUAUUAAUUUAAAAUUAAAUAC